AUGGACUCAAUCAGGGUCCAUAACUCCUUGAAGCCAGGAGGACCAGUUCCUUUCGUUCCAAUCGAGAAAGGGAAAGUAUCUUGGUAUGCUUGCGGUCCGACUGUCUACGAUCAAAGUCAUCUGGGCCAUGCUCGCAAUUAUGUAUCCACCGACAUUAUACGUCGUAUCUUGUUGCACUACUUUGGCUUCAAUGUCAAGUUUGUUAUGAACUUUACAGAUGUCGACGACAAGAUCAUAAUAAAAGCCCGAAGACAGCGUUUGCUCGACCUCGAGAAACAAAAGACUUACACCGAUGACGAACUCCUCGAGUUAGGAAAAGCAGCAUUCCAAGCCUAUGCAGAAAGCAACCUACCACAGCUUCUCGAGGGUGAGGGCGAACUAGAUGUGAACAACUAUAUUCCACGAAGAGAUGCGGCAUAUGGAAGCGUCUUGGCAGGUGGUGCUCUGGCAGGAGAUGGCAAGCCAGGUGAUGCUGAGGCAAAGCUCAAGAUGCACAUAAGCAAUAUGACAUCUGCAGUCAUUGCUAUAACCGGAAACCAGGUCUUUAAGGGCGCCGACGAAAUACUGUUGCCAUACCUAGAUUCCCUGUACAAGGAGACGAUCGAUACUAGCGACCAGUCAAUAUUCACGGACUUGACUCAAUAUAUGGAAGGGGAGUUCACUGACGAUAUGGAUGCUUUGAAUGUUCUCCGACCCGAUGUUGUUACGAGAGUCACCGAGUACGUACCGCAAAUCGCUAAGUUUGUUGAGAAAAUCCUUGAAAAGGGCUUCGCAUACGAAGCUGAAGGGUCCGUGUACUUUGAUAUUGCGGCGUUCGAAAAGGCAGGCAACCCAUACGCGAGACUUCGACCGGAAAACCGCAACGACAAGGCAUUGCAAGAGGAGGGAGAGGGUUCAUUAUCUAAAGGGCUGGGAGGAAAAAGAGGCGCUGGCGACUUUGCUCUGUGGAAAAAAUCCAAACCAGGCGAGCCAUACUGGCCAAGCAAAUGGGGCAAUGGGCGCCCAGGAUGGCAUAUUGAGUGCUCGGUAAUGGCAUCUGAUGUUCUGGGUCCACGGAUGGAUAUUCACAGCGGUGGUAUCGAUCUUGCAUUCCCGCACCACGAUAAUGAACUUGCUCAAAGUGAAGCUUAUUUCUGCCAGCAUGGCCACGAACAUACUUGGGUCAACUACUUUCUACAUAUGGGCCAUCUAUCAAUAUCUGGAUCGAAGAUGUCUAAAUCUCUUAAGAACUUCCAGACAAUCAAAGAUGCGUUGGCAUCUACCUACACGGCGCGCUCGAUGCGUAUAGUAUUUUUACUCGGUAAAUGGAACGAUGGGGUUGAAAUAUCUCCGGAUAUGCGCUUGGCGGCCGAUAGUUGGGAAACUGCGGUUAAUAACUUCUUCACAAACACAAAAGCGCUGCUGGCUGAAGCAGCCGACACGACAGCAGGUGUGGAUGGUGGCGUAAAGGCUCUCUCGAUUAGCAAUGAAAAAUCCCCAGAAAACCUACAAGCCGAUUUAGAGCAGGCCAAGAAAGAGGUUGAAGAGGCGCUCGUCAACUCAUUUGAUACCCCGGCAGUUUUGCGAGCGGUAGCAGAGGUGAUUAGAAAAGCUAACAUCCACAUUAGCGCCCACAAGGAUGACACAGAUUUUGUGACAGUUGAAGCAGUUGCGCGAUGGAUCACGAAGAUAGUCGGAAUUCUUGGUCUCGAUGCGAACGCAAAACCUCCCUAUGAGGGAAUCGGCUGGGUGUCAGCAGCCGCAGCAGCCAAUUUAGAUCCUCCAACUGCUGUACAACCAUACAAAGCAGUGUACAAGACCUUCUAUUCCGAUGUAAAAGCUCUCAAGCUUCCAGCCUCUGAGACUGUUACACAACUCUUAUCUCAGUCCCCUGACUCGGAAUUUGAUUCGUUGGCCAGUGCCGGGGUUAGAGACCCAGAGCAAUUGGCAUUGCCAUACUUGCGGGGAGUCGCAAAACUGCGUAACGAGCUUCGACGAUUAGCGCCAUCAGCGUCGCCAGAAACGAAGCAAUCAAUCCUUUCCUUAAGUGACCGAGUCCGAGAUUUCGAUCUCAGUAAUAUCGGCGUCUACUUGGAUGAUCGACCAGACCAGCCUUCAUUAAUCAAGUUUAUUCCUGCAGCGGAGUUAAUUGCGACAAGAGAAGAGAAGGCAGCUAGGGAAGCAGAAAAGGCGCGCGCCAAGGAAGAGGCGAGACGCGCCAAAGAGAAGGCGGACGAGGAGAAAUGGGAAAAGGCGAAGCUUGCGCCACAAGAUAUGUUUAAGGGCGAUGAUCGUUACAGCGAAUGGGAUACCGAUGGAUUACCAACGAAGAUGAAGGACGGCAGCGACGUGCCUAAGAGCCAAUCGAAAAAGCUGAAGAAGGAUUGGGAUAGACAGAAGAAGGCGCACGGCGAAUACCAGGCUAAGUUUGGUGGGAGCACAGCAUAG